AUGUCGGAAAUGGAGUAUUUAUCCGGAUUUGGUAACGAAUUCUCGUCAGAAGCUUUGCCUGACGCUUUACCUAAGGGCCAGAAUAGUCCACAGAAAUGCCCUUAUGGUCUGUAUGCCGAACAAAUAUCUGGGACUGCAUUUACCUGUCCUCGGGAGACAAAUCAAAGAAGCUGGUUGUAUCGAAUCCACCCUUCUGUACAGCACGAACCGUUUAAAGCCAUGGAAAGAGGAAAUUUGUCUCAUGAUUGGGAUGAGCAGCAUCCUAAUCCUAAUCAGCUUCGUUGGAAACCUUUCGAUCUUCCUUCAAACGAUCAGGAAAUUGAUUUUGUCCAGGGAUUGGCGACUGUGUGCGGUGCUGGCAGUCCUCGUGAACGAAAUGGCACAGCGAUUCAUAUCUAUGCCUGCAACAAAUCUAUGACAAAUAGAUGCUUCUAUAACAGCGAUGGUGAUUUCUUAAUUGUUCCACAGAAAGGAAAGUUACGCAUUACUACAGAAUUUGGUAAACUAGAUGUAAACCCUAACGAAAUUUGCGUCAUCCAACACGGAAUCCGUUUUUCCGUAGCAAUUGACGAACCAAGUAGAGGAUAUAUUUUGGAAGUUUGGGGCGUUCAUUUUCGGUUACCUAAUUUAGGACCGAUUGGUGCAAAUGGGCUAGCAAAUCCCUUCGACUUCUUAAGCCCUAAGGCUAGUUUUGUCGAUGAGACAUACGAAGAUGGCUUUCAGGUCGUUAAUAAAUAUCAGGGACAUUUAUUUUGCGCCAUGCAGGAUCAUUCUCCAUUUGAUGUUGUUGCUUGGAGAGGAAACUUUGUUCCGUAUAAAUAUGAUCUUAGUAACUUUAUGGUUAUAAAUGCUGUUGAGUUUGAUCAUGCGGAUCCUUCAAUAUUUACUGUCCUUACGGCUCCUUCCAAUACGCCUGGUGUUGCGAUUGCAGAUUUUGUAAUCUUUCCUCCCCGGUGGGCUGUACAAGAGCAUACAUUUAGACCUCCUUACUAUCACAGAAAUUGUAUGAGCGAAUUUAUGGGACUGAUCUCGGGACAAUAUGAAGCGAAGGAAGAAGGUUUUGCUCCAGGUGGUGCUAGUUUACACAGCAUGUAUACGCCUCAUGGACCUGACACUCAAUGUUUUGAGCAAUCAUCAAAUGGAGAGCUUAAACCCUUUCAUAUUGGAGGCACUAUGGCAUUUAUGUUUGAAACUUCGUUUGGUUUAGCGUUAACCAAGUGGGGAGAAGAAGUUUGCCGUAAAAUUGACCCAAAAUAUUACACUUGUUGGUCUGACUUGAAAAAGCACUUUGAUCCUAAUUGGAAGCCAUAA